AUGGCAGCCAAAACCAUUAUUGUCACAGGAGCCUCAAGAGGUAUCGGUCUUGCUGUGGCCAAGUAUCUGCUCACGGCACCCCAAUCUCACAAUGUGGUGGUGGUAGCCCGCAGCGUUGAACCCCUCCAAAAGCUCAAGGAGCAAUAUGGCAAACAGGUGGCAAUCCUGAAUGGUGACCUGGCAGACUUUUCUCUUGCCCAAAAGGCCGUCGACAUAGCUAUGAAGACCUUCGGUCAACUCGAUGGAAUGGUCCUUAACCACGGCCUGCUAGGCCAGAUCGGCAAAAUUGCCGACGCUGAUGUGCAGCAGUGGAAGGAAGGCUUCGAUGUCAACUUUAUCAGCUUAGUUGCUUUCGCCAAAGCAGCUCUCCCGGCUCUCCGUGAGUCCAAGGGAAAGAUCAUCUUCACCUCUUCCGGGGCAGCAGUUACCGGUUACCGUGGUUGGGCUCUUUAUGCUGCCACCAAAGCUGCGAUGAACAAUUUUGCUAUGAGUCUGGGUGCCGAAGAACCUGACGUCACUUCCGUUUCUAUCAGACCUGGGAUGGUCGACACCGAAAUGCAGCGCGCUCUGCGGGAGGAUCAUGCUACGGCAUUAGACGCCGAAAUGCACUCCAAGUUCACUGGAGUCCACAAGGACGGCAAACUCCUCAAGCCCGAGCAGCCCGGUCAUGUCAUGGCCAAGUUGGUGCUUGAUGCACCGAAGGAAUUCAGCGGUCGUUUCUAUUCAUGGAAUGACAAGGAGCUCGAGGGUUUCCAAGAAUAA